AUGUCAGGACCUUACACUAAGAUUGACUUAGACAAGGAAGAGCAAGACUUCCAAAACCAAAUCAAGGAGAUUGAGGAAUGGUGGUCUCAGCCACGUUGGGCCAAGACCAAGCGUAUUUACAACGCUGAGGACAUUGCAAAGAGAAGAUCCUCUUUGUCUUCUGUUCCAGCCAGUAACCAGCAAGCGCAGAAGCUUUUCAAGCUGUUAGGGGAACACGCCAAGAACGAGACCGCUUCUUUCACCUUCGGAGCUUUGGAUCCUAUCCACAUCACUCAGAUGGCUAAGUAUUUGGACACGAUUUACGUUUCCGGAUGGCAAUGUUCUUCUACUGCAUCCACUUCUAACGAACCUUCCCCAGAUUUGGCUGACUACCCUAUGGACACCGUUCCAAACAAAGUUGAGCACUUAUUCUUCGCUCAAUUGUUUCACGACAGAAAGCAAAGAGAAGAGAGAUUGUCUGUUUCCAAGCAGGAAAGAGCUAAGUUGCCUUACACUGACUUCUUGAGACCAAUCAUUGCCGAUGCCGACACUGGACAUGGAGGUAUCACCGCCAUUAUCAAGUUGACCAAGAUGUUCAUCGAGAGAGGUGCAGCUGGUAUUCAUAUUGAGGACCAAGCUCCAGGUACCAAGAAGUGUGGACACAUGGCCGGUAAGGUCUUAGUCCCCGUUCAAGAGCACAUCAACAGAUUAGUCGCUAUCAGAACCUCUGCUGAUUUGUUCCAAAGUGACUUGAUCGCUGUCGCCAGAACUGACUCUGAAGCUGCUACUCUUUUGACCUCCACUAUCGAUAAGAGGGAUCAUUACUUCGUCAUUGGUGCUACCAACCCAGACAUUCCUGACUUGAUCGAUGUUUUGACCGAGGCUGAAUUGCAAGGUAAGUACGGUGCCGAGCUCUCUCAAUUGGAGGCUGACUGGAGUAAGAAAGCUGGCCUGAAAUUAUACCACGAGGCUGUCUUUGAAGCAAUUGACAAGUCAUCCUCCGUCAAGGAUAAGCAAGCCGCAAAGGACAAGUUUUCUGCCAAGGUUGGCCCAUUGACCGGAACAUCCCACAAGGAAGCUGCUAAGUUGGCCAAGGAAAUUCUUGGUGAGGAAGUUUUCUUUGACUGGGAGGCUCCAAAGGUCAGAGAGGGUUACUACCGUUACCAAGGUGGUACCGAGUGUGCCAUCAUGAGAGCCAGAGCUUACAGUCCAUAUGCUGACUUGGUUUGGAUGGAGUCUAAGGUUCCAGACUACCAGCAAGCUGUUGACUUCGCCAAGGGUGUCAAGGACCUUUACCCAGACCAAUGGUUGGCCUACAACUUGUCUCCAUCAUUCAACUGGAACAAGGCCAUGUCUCCUGACGAACAAGAGACUUAUAUCAAGAGAUUGGGUAAAUUGGGAUACAACUGGCAGUUCAUUACUCUUGCUGGUCUACACACCACUGCUUUGGCUGUUGACAACUUCUCUAGAGAUUACCAGAAGAUUGGUAUGAAGGCUUACGGACAACAAGUCCAGGCUAAGGAAAUUGAGGACGGUGUCGAAAUUGUCAAGCACCAGAAAUGGUCAGGAGCCGAGUACAUUGAUGGUCUGUUGAAAUUAACCACUGGUGGUUUGAGUUCUACAGCUGCCAUGGGUGCCGGUGUGACUGAAGAUCAAUUCAAGGACCAUUAA